AACACAAUGGGAUUCACUGAACGACAAAAAAGUGAACUGAAGAAUAUAACUAAAGAAAUAACAAAAGAAAUUCUCAAGGAAUUUAUGAGUGACGAUGUUUUUCUUGAAGCCAUCGCAAAAAAGGUAGCUGAAAAAGUGAACCAGCAAAUUGAUAGAAUCUCAGCUGAAGUAAGUACCUUGGAAUCGAAAAUAUUCGAUAUACAGGGAGAGAAUGAAGAGUUAUCCAAGAAAGUUGAAGACUUGGAACAAAAGCUGAGGUUGGAUCAAUUACGAUUUUAUUGUGUACCAGAAACCGAUAACGGAAUCUUAAAAGCAAAUCUUGAAAAAAUAUUUUCAUCUAAGUUAGCAGUAAGUGAUCCAAAUAUAAAACAAUGCUAUCGAAUUAGUAAACAUCAGGGCAAGUCCAAACCCAGGCCUGUUAUUAUAAAGUUUGGAAGCGUUCAACAUAGAAAUGCAGUAUUUUCCGUGAAAAGGCAGCUCAAAGGAAGCAAUAUGGUGCUAGCUGAAGACCUAAUCAAAAGUCGAUUCGGUUUGUUGAACUUUGCUAAAGAUAAGCUGGGGAAGAAUAACGUUUGGACGAACAAUGGAAACCUAUUUACUGUAGUUGAUGGAAAGAGAACUUUACUGAAAACAGAAGAA